CUUGCCGGCUUCCGUAAGAUGUCGUGGCGUUAUUGCACAAAUAACCUCACUCAUAGCUAUCUUGAGUUCAACUAAUUCACUGCCACAGCUACAGAAGCUGGCAUCAUCACACUACCUUUGCCGUUUUUUUUGUACAGCCAAGACCCGUUUGAAAUAAUAAAUCAAAAUGCGACGUGCCGGUUUGGGGGAAGGAGGGCCUCACGGAAAUUAUGUGGCAAGCGGAUACAGCGUCCACGAAGAAGAAAAUGAGAACUUACAGGAAGCUCUAAGGGCCAAAGUCAACGCCUUGAAACAUAUGACAAUAGAAAUCGGAACAGAAGUCAAGUACCAGAACAAAAUGUUGGAAGACAUGGACUCGGAUUUUGACUCGACAGGCGGUUUGCUGGGAGCCACCAUCGGCAGGGUGAAACAGCUGUCCAGGGGCAGCCAGACCAAGCUGUUGUGCUACAUGCUGCUCUUUGCUCUGUUUGUCUUCCUAGUCCUCUACUGGUACAUAAAGCUGAGGUGAUGAGGCGUUUCCCCCACACCCUCACAACCCCUCACCUGAAUCUGUGCCAUUGACCCUGGGGUGCUCUAUUGGAACCGACGGCCGUGACCUUGACUAAGUUUGGGAGAACUGAGUUGGAUUGAAUCUGGUGCCUGGCUACAAGACAAAACAAUGUGUGGUUUUAUGUGGAUCUCACGACAGCAAGAUUCCAACUUGAUUCCACUCUGCCAGAAGUCUUAUAAUCAGGAGGUCUUCAACAGUAAUUCAGAACACUUGAUUCUAAUAUAAUUAGCUUGUUGAUGUUUUAAAUCAGUUGGUUAUAACUUGCCAAAAAACUACAGGGAAAAAAGUGGUUCUAUUAGACAACUGCAAGAUAAACCAGGUAUACGUUAACCUGUAGUGGGAAGGCAGGGUGUGUGGUUCUAAAACAGUUGUAAAGAUGGCUGGAAGACAUAUCUAAAGUCUAUCUAGGUUUGUUCAAUAAUGAUCUCUCUUGAGUGGCAGUGGAGUAGCACUGGAUGAACCCCACAGUGUGGAAAAGAGACAUUUGUACACGACUCACCCGCCAUGUUCUUCCUGGAGAGACAACCUCUUCCUGGAUCUCAACUAUGAUGUUUUAUAUGUAAAUAAAUUAGAUUUAUGUUUUAAAUUCUA